CAUUUCUCUCUCACUCUCUCUAGCCCCUCCAAUGGCUUCUAACUACGACAAACUCACUUCUUCCAGAGUAGCGAUCAUUGGUGCUGGUGUUAGCGGUUUGGCAGCCGCUAAGCACCUAGCUCAUCACAACCCGACCGUUUUCGAAGCCUCGGAUUCGGUCGGAGGUGUUUGGAAGAGCUGCUCUUACGAGACAACUAAGUUACAAUCGACACGAGUCGAUUACGAGUUCUCUGACUUUCCAUGGCCCAAUAGAGAUGAAACUACUUUCCCAUCUUACGUUGAGAUAAUAGAUUACUUGGAAGCUUAUGCCAAGCAUUUUGAUCUCCUAAAGUUCAUGAACUUUGGCUCUAAGGUCAUUGAAGUUAGGUAUACCGGUGAUGGCGAAACUCCACAGAUGGUUGACCUCGGUGCUUAUGGCAACAUGUUGCCUGGUAAACCUGUCUGGGAGGUUGCUGUUCAGAACGGAGAUGCUGGAGAUAUUCAGUGGCAUGCAUUUGAGUUCGUCGUAGUGUGCACCGGAAAAUUCGGCGACGUACCAAGAAUUCCGACGUUUCCAGCGAAUAAAGGGCCGGAGCUAUUCAAAGGAAAAGUGAUGCAUUCGAUGGAUUACUGCAAAUUAAACAAAGAAGAAGCUUCUCAUCUCCUCCGUGGCAAGAAAGUCGCCGUCAUUGGAUAUAAGAAAUCCGCCAUUGAUUUGGCUUUAGAGUCUGCUUUAGCCAAUCAUGGAGAAGGUGGACAAGCAUGCACAAUGGUGGUGAGAACAACACAUUGGGUGUUCCCACAUUACUGGAUAUGGGGUCUUCCAUUCUUCUUGUUCUACUCUACGAGAGCUUCUCAGUUCCUACAUGAUAGGCCUAACCAAAGCUUCCUUAAAACUCUCUUUUGCCUCAUAUUCUCUCUUCUGCGUGCCGUGGUUUCCAAAUUCAUCGAAUCAUAUGUUACGUGGAAGCUUCCUCUAGAGAAGUAUGGUCUUAAACCGGACCAUUCAUUUGAAGAAGACUAUGCUUCUUGUCAAAUGGCCCUCAUCCCGGAGAAUUUCUUUGAGGAAGCGGAUAAGGGUAUGAUCCGGUUUAAGAAAACAUCAAAAUGGUGCUUUUAUGAUCAAGGGAUUGAAUUUGAGGAUGGGACUACCCUAGAAGCUGAUGUUGUGAUACUGGCGACUGGUUACGAUGGCAAGAAGAAGCUCAAAGCCAUUGUUCCUGAACCCUUUCGAACUUGGCUUGAGUUUCCAUACGGUGUUAUGCCUCUAUACAGGGGAACAAUCCAUCCAUUGAUACCAAACAUGGGUUUCGUGGGAUACGUUCAAAGUAACUCAAACCUACACACAUCAGAGCUACGUUCGCUGUGGUUAAGCCGUCUAGUGGAUGGGAAAUUUAAAUUACCGAGCAAAGAGAAAAUGCUGGAACAAUUCUCCAAGGAAAUGGAAGUGAUGAGAAGAUCGAGCAGAUUCUAUAAACGUCAUUGCAUUUCUACCUUCAGCAUCCAGCAUGCAGAUGAUUUGUGUAACGACAUGGGACUCAAUCCACGGCGUAAAUCCAACUUGAUCCUCGAAGCCUUUAGUCCUUAUGGUUCUCAAGAUUAUCGACUCGAUGAAGAAGAAAGAAAGUAAUUGAAUAUAGUACUACUCAAAGAAAAAUAACGAGCUUACA